UAUACAUUAAACGCUUGAUUUUUUUUCUAAUUGUUUUGAAAGUAAAGAAAACGUAACGUUAAGACAUUGCGGUUACAACUUUCCGGGAUAUAUUUUAUUUCCACCACAUACAUGAUUGCUGUUGCAAUAAUUACAUCUUGAGUAAGUGUUGACAUUGCUAUUCGCGUACUUUGCAUAGAUACCUGCAUGGGCUAAGAUGUCCGUGAAGAUAGUGCGUAUGGUUCUGGUUCUGGAUGUUUAUCAGUCAUGCGCGAUGCCCGCUCAGUAGCGUUUCCCCCAGCAGCUGGUGGAAAUCAUUCAUGCCAACGCAAUGACGCUUGGAAAGAUUUAGGCAAUUCAUUUGUAAGCAGUAAUAUCAUGACAGACCGUAGAAAGCGUUAGAGAUAUGGGAACAGACAAGAUGGGAACGGAUACAGACAUCCCCGCUGAAAUUAACGUGGGCAUCAUGGGUCGCAAGGAAGAACGCAGCCCCUGGAAGAAGAGCACGGACGACAUCCGCGACGUGUUUGACUUCAUGGAAGCGCUGGGAUCAGGGGCCUUCUCGGAGGUGUUCAUGGUGAAGGAGAAGAAGACGGGGAGGCUCUUUGCGCUGAAGUGCGUGAAGAAGAAGCAGCUGAAGGAGAACAACCUGGAGAACGAGAUCGCCGUGCUGCGGCGGAUUAACCACGAUAAUGUGGUGCGGCUGGAGGACUUCUAUGAGAGCGAGACUCAUUACUACCUCGUCAUGCAGCUCGUUUUGGGCGGUGAGUUGUUUGACCGCAUCCUGGACCGAGGCGUGUACACGGAGAAGGACGCCAGCCAGGUGAUUCAACAGGUGCUCCAGGCCGUCAACUACCUGCACCAGAACAGCAUCGUGCACCGUGACCUCAAGCCAGAGAAUCUGCUGUACUACAGCCAAGAUGAGAAUGCCAAAAUUAUGAUCAGUGACUUUGGCCUUUCCAAGAUGGACGACCUCUGUGCCAUGUCCACAGCCUGUGGCACCCCAGGAUACGUGGCCCCCGAAGUCCUGGCCCAGAAGCCGUACGGCAAAGCGGUGGACUGCUGGUCCAUCGGAGUCAUCACAUACAUCCUGUUGUGUGGGUACCCCCCUUUCUAUGAGGACACCGAGGCUGAGCUCUUCUCUAAGAUCAUGAAGGCGCAGUAUGAGUUUGACUCGCCCUUCUGGGACAACAUCUCGCAGUCUGCCAAGGACUUCAUCCGCAACAUGAUGCAGAAAAACCCCGACAUGCGCUACACCACCAAGGAGGCCCUCAGGCACCCAUGGAUAAUUGGGGAUACGGCUCGGAGCCAGGACAUCUACUAUUCUGUCAGUGUGCAGAUCCAGAAGAACUUUGCCAGGUCCAAGUGGAGACAAGCCUUCAAUGCCACGGUGGCCAUCAACCACAUGAAGAAACUGAAGCUGGCGCACUCUGAGGCCUGCAUCAAAACGAAGGAGGGGCCUGAGCCAGCCAUCCACGUCACUGGCGCUCCCUCCCCUGGCCCCUCCCACGAUGACCUCGUCCCCAAGCCCCUGGAGGAGAAAGGAAAACCGCAGGCGGGUCCCGCGGCUCUGUCGCCCGACUCCAGCGAGCCCAAGAGCCGGCAUCACUCGGGGAGGGCCUGCGCUAGCAAGCCGGUGCACGCCAACACCGUGGCCGAGACGGGCAGGCACUCCAACCGCUUUGAGCCGGACUCCCGCGCCGCCACGGCGAAAAGCUGCGAGUCCAUGGCCAAGUGUGGCAACAGGCACGUCCAGGCCCUGCAGACCGGGGUGUGCUCCGUCAUGUGACCACCUCAGCUGCCUGCCAUGCGGGGCAUUUAGAGAAGGUCAGGCUGUCGCAACACCGGGAGCCGGAGUGACGUCUGUGCCGGCUGCCCGUGCCACCACCCUGUGCCACUCAGUCAGGGGCCGUUUCCAUGGGGAUGGAGUCUGUCCGCCGGCGAAUGAAUGCUGGGUCUGAACCCAGAGGGUUCCAGAGGAGUGCCAAGACGCACACACACAGACAGACAGACACACACACACACACACGCACACACAGACACACACACACACACACACACGCACACACACACACACACACACACGCACACACAGACACACGCACACACACACACACACACGCACACAGACACACACACACACACACACGCACACACAGACACACACACACACACACGCACACACACACACAGACAGACACACACACGCACACACAGACACACACACACACACGCACACACAGACACACACACACACACACACACACUGGCUCAUGUAUAUGGAGUCGCACGCCCCUUUGUAGUUGGUAACACUGCAAAAGUGGUCUAGUGCCCUCUAGGGGUGCUUCCACUCCUGACUGUGUGUAUUUGAAGACGACGGAACAUUUUUAUUUAUUUAUAAUUGUUGCUAUAUUGAAGUUAAAGCUCUGUGACAAAGUCAGGGGCAGUAGAUGAGAUGUUAAUAUAGAAUGAUGUAGUAAUGAGCUUCUCUGUGCGGUUCACUUCAAGUGCACAUUCUUCAUAUUCCUCUGUUGACAUUUUGUCUAUGUUGUGGUACCCUUGGGUCAGUGAAGUGGAUUUCCACACCAAUUCUAUGUUUCAGAAUGAAUUUUCACAUAGGACCGUGGACCGACAGCAAUGUAUGCAUUUUAUUUAUAAUGAGUAGAGUGAUGUAUAACUUGCCUGCUGUCAAGCAUUUUACACUGGCAGUUACCAGACAGUGAGAGCUAUACAUUCUUAAGCUAUGAACUCUUAUUAAUAAGUGAAUGCUAAUAUUACCCAAUCUUCAGUCACUCUUUUAAUGCUGCUAGAGCAGGGGGCGUGGUCAGAAUGAUUGACGUGCCCCCGCUGUUGCUUUCUGCAGGAGCUGUGCUGAGGUUUAGAGGUGUGCUGCAUCUUAGCCUGACUGCUAAAGGCUCAUGUUUCCUUGAAGCUGCCGCUAAGAGAUUAUGAACAGCGGCAGCAGCGCUCUGAGGAGCUGCUAUGGCUGUUUCAGUGCCACCCCCUAGCUGUGCCGUGAUACCCUGUGUUUGUAUCAGACCUGGGUUUUGGAUUUAAAUACUUUUCUGUGCUCUGUUGAUCUUGCCUGGUGUAAUUGAGCCUGCCAAUAUGGCCAGAAGGCGAGUAGUAUCUCAUUGGUUCCAAUACACCAGACAAGAUCAGUAAAAUGUGGAAAAGUAUUUGAAUCCAAAACAAAUACGUAUUUGACCCAGGUCUGGUAAUAUGAAUUGUGUUCCUUUAUUUAUUUGUUUAUUUCUUGCUCUGUAUUACCAAUAAAAUAAAACACAUAAAUAAAUAAAAAACAAUAAAAACCUAGUGUGUGCA